GCUCAGGCUGUGACACGGGCAGCCCGCAGCCGGGGCCCUUAGAGCCGCAAUCCCGGCGGGCCGCGCGCCGCCUCGUCCUUUGGCCGCCAUCUUGGCUGCGCGCCGUGCUGGCUGAGCUGCCGGGACUGCGCUGCACGAGGACGCCAUGACCGGGAGGUUGUGGUGCAAGGCCACUUUUGCUGGCUACAAACGUGGCCUCCGGAACCAGCGGGAGCACACUGCCCUGCUGAAAAUUGAAGGUGUUUACGCUCGCCAGGAGACAGAGUUCUACUUAGGCAAGAGAUGUGCCUAUGUCUACAAAGCUAAGAACAACACCGUCACCCCCGGUGGGAAACCCAACAGGACGCGGGUGAUCUGGGGGAAGGUGACCCGCGCCCAUGGGAACAGCGGGAUGGUUCGUGCCAAGUUCCGCUCCAACCUCCCCGCCAAGGCCAUCGGACACAGGAUCCGAGUGAUGCUGUAUCCAUCCAGGAUCUAAAUUUUUAUUGGAAAUAAAAUACAGAAUAAUCUGUUC